CACACAUACAGACGCGUAAAGGCGCUGCUGUGCGGCGAAAUCGGGGCGCUCGAGAGCGGAUUGCGGCUUCUGGGGAGACUCUACUGAGGGUGCCUGGAUGUCCUCCUCUCUCCGGAUCAGCAGACUGAAUAUUACAGUACUUACCUUUCAAUGGAGAAUGAUUUUGAUGGAGUUUAUUUAGAAUAAAAAAUAACACUAUAAAAUCCACACGAAUGCGUCCGACUGACCUGGAAUUCGGAUACUUUUCAAGGAUGUUUACAAAAUAAAGCUUUUUUUUUUUUUUUUUUUUUUAAUAAAUAAAACAAGUUAAGAAGUUAAGAUGGAUGCAUUAAAUUUUAGUGAAAUCGAUGCCUCGGAGGUAGUGCCUUCAAAUUCAUCUUUAUCGGUGGAAAGCCAAUAUUCCCUGGCCGCGAUGGCGGGUCUCGCUGCACUUGUAAGCUUUCUGAUUGUCUUUACCAUUGUCGGAAACGUUUUGGUCGUAAUCGCGGUACUAACAAGCAGGGCGUUAAAAGCACCUCAGAACCUGUUUUUGGUGUCGCUGGCCAGCGCAGACAUCCUCGUGGCCACACUUGUCAUGCCCUUUUCUCUGGCGAACGAACUCAUGGGGUACUGGUUUUUCGGUAAAGUUUGGUGCGUGAUUUAUUUAGCUCUAGAUGUUUUAUUCUGCACGUCGUCGAUCGUGCAUCUGUGCGCGAUCAGUUUAGACAGAUACUGGUCCGUGACACAAGCGGUUGAAUAUAAUCUGAAAAGGACGCCUAAGAGAGUAAAGUGUAUUAUUGUGAUUGUUUGGGUAAUCUCCGCUGCCAUCUCUUCUCCACCGUUAAUUUCGAUUGACAGAAACAACGAGAACGUGCUCUACCCUCAGUGUAUGCUGAACGACGACACUUGGUACAUUCUCUCCUCCAGCAUCGGCUCCUUUUUCGCUCCCUGUAUCAUCAUGAUCCUAGUGUACAUCAGAAUAUACCAGGUUGCCAAAACAAGGACCAGAACUAUGUCUGAGAAAAAGCACGGUUCAGAUCGCUCUCAGACUGAGAACGGAGUGAGCAGGGGAAGCUCUUUAAAUGGAGAGAAGGAGAGGGAGAACGGACACUGCCAAUCAGUCCCAGGGGAACAAAAGCCAGGGGAGACAGAUGACAUGGACCAGGAGGAGAGCACCUCCUCAGAGGGGAAGGGCAAGAAGCCCAGGGAAGGGAGCUCCAGGAGAAAUAGGAGGAGCAGCAGAAAGAACAGCUCCCUGUCCAAACAGUCCAGUAGGAUAUCAAGGGCCAGUAGUAAAUCCAUCGACCUCUUUUCCUCGCGCAGGAAGAGGAGAAGCACGGGAUCCCGCAAAAAGGUCUCCCAGGCUAGGGAGAAGCGGUUCACCUUCGUGCUGGCGGUGGUCAUGGGGGUCUUCGUCCUCUGCUGGUUUCCCUUCUUCUUCAGCUACAGCCUGUAUGGGGUCUGCAGGAAGUCCUGCGAGAUCCCAGAGACCCUGUUCAAGUUCUUCUUUUGGAUUGGCUAUUGCAACAGUUCCCUUAACCCCGUCAUUUACACCAUCUUCAACCAAGACUUUCGGAGAGCGUUUCAGAAAAUUCUUUGCAAGUCGUGGAAAAAAUCUUUUUGAGGUCUCUCUGAGGCGGCUGAUACAAUGAGCAGAUCCUACCACAGCAGGACAGACAUUAUGGCAACACCCUACUGCCUCUUCGGCAUAGACAAUCUAAAACAUGAUGGUUUAAAAAUGUAUGAAAUAUUACGAAAUCUUUGAUUUUCUUUUUCGAACUCGGCUGCGGGACGCUAAACUUGGUUUGCUGCUAAAUUUCCAGUAUUUUUGUUGUAAAUAAGCCAAAAGAAGAGUAAAGAACUGUGUCAGAACCACUUCCUACCCUCCAUUUCUGCAGGCAGUGUGAGAUUCAAGCGGGUGUGUCCAUGUUUCCAAGUCAGCACAUUAGUGAAGCACACUUUGCUCAGUGUCAGUUCCUGGAAAGGAUGUGAAAAGGCACCCUCCUGUCAUUUGGGACACUGUAUUGGCUGUCACUGUGUAGGUGGGAGCAGGUGAUGUCGCCCGCUAAUCAAGGUGCUGCAGCAGAAAUGCAACCCUGCCAAAUGCCACGUCUGAGCUGUGCAGCCUCACUGGGUCUGUUUUUCUCCACUGCAGAUAGGGGCUUAAAUAUAGUUGCCUUUAUUUGUU